GAUUUGAUUGAUAGAAUGACAUUAGGAGAGAAGGUGAAGCAACUUGGAAAUCAUGCUAAUGGAGUUAGCAGAGUUGGGUUACCCUCCUAUGAAUGGUGGUCAGAAGCUCUCCAUGGUGUCUCUAAUCAAGGUCCUGGAGUUCAGUUUACCAAAGAGAUUCCUUCUGCAACUAAUUUCCCAACUGUUAUUCUAACGGCAGCUUCCUUCAAUCAAUCACUCUGGAAGACUAUAGGCCAGGCUGUUUCAACAGAAGCAAGAGCAAUACACAAUCAAGGGCAUGGUGGAUUAACAUAUUGGAGUCCAACAAUGAAUGUAGUAAGGGAUCCAAGAUGGGGAAGAAUCACAGAGACACCCGGUGAAGAUCCAUUCUUGGUUGGUACUUAUGCUGUUAACUAUGUUAGAGGUUUGCAAGAUAUAGAAGAAGAAGAGGAGGAAAGCAACAAACCUCCUAAUUAUAAUUAUAAGGACUUGAACUCUAGGCCUCUCAAGGUUUCUGCUUGUUGUAAGCACUAUACUGCCUAUGAUGUUGAUAAUUGGAAUGGAGUUGAACGUUAUUCUUAUGAUGCUAAGGUUUCACAGCAAGAUAUAGUGGAGACAUUCAAUGGUCCCUUUGAGAUGUGUAUUCGAGAUGGAGAUGUUAGUAGUAUUAUGUGUUCUUAUAACAGUGUUAAUGGCAUCCCUACAUGUGCUGAUACAAAGCUUCUCAAAGAGACCAUAAGAGAUGAGUGGGGUCUUCAUGGGUAUAUUGUCUCCGAUUGUGAUUCCAUUCAAACAAUGGUUGAAAAUCACAAAUUUCUGGGUUAUGGUUAUGAAGAUGCUUCUGCACAAGCGAUGAGAGCAGGAAUGGAUUUGAAUUGUGGAGAUUCUUAUACCAAUUACAUGGAGAAUGCAACAUUAAGUGGCAAAGUGAAAGAAGCAGACAUAGACAAAGCUUUGAACAAUCUUUAUGUUGUGCUUAUGAGGCUUGGCCUUUUUGAUGGUAGCAGUCCUUCCUUGAGAUCUAUUGGUGCAGAAAGUGUUUGUUCAGAUGAACACAUUGAGUUAUCAGCUGAAGCUGCAAGGGAAGGAAUUGUUUUGCUUAAGAAUGACAAUAAUACAUUGCCUUUAGAUCAUAACAAAUUCAAGAACAUUGCAGUAGUUGGCCCACAUGCAAAUGCUACCACCACUAUGAUUGGAACAUAUGUAGGUAUUCCAUGCAAGAUUACUAGUCCCUUGGAUGGUCUCUCUAAAUUUGCAACUUUGACAUAUGCAAAGGGAUGUGAUGGUGUAGGAUGCAAAAAUGAUAGCUUGAUAUUCCCUGCCAUGGAAGCUGCAAAGAAUGCAGAUGCUACUAUUAUUAUUGUCGGGUUGGAUACAUCGAUCGAGCAAGAGGGUUUGGAUCGACUUGAUCUGAAUCUUCCUGGUUAUCAAGAACAGUUGAUCAAACAAGUUAGAGAUGUUGCCAAAGGUCCAGUCAUUCUUAUGGUCAUGUCUGCCGGUGGUGUUGAUAUUUCUUUUGCCAAGGGAGAUUCCAAAAUCCCAGCCAUCAUUUGGGCUGGCUAUCCUGGAGAGGAAGGUGGGCGCGCCAUCGCUGAUGUUGUCUUUGGAAAAUACAAUCCUGGAGGGAAGUUACCAAUUACAUGGUACACAAAUGAUUAUAUUAACAAGCUUCCCAUGACAUCUAUGCCAUUGAGACCAGUUGAUGAGUUGGGGUAUCCAGGAAGGACUUACAAGUUCUUCAAUGGCUCUACUGUUUACCCUUUUGGUUAUGGGCUGAGCUACACCCAGUUUAACUACAAGAUUGUGAGGGCUCAUAGAUCAGUUAAUGUCAAAUUGAACAAAUACCAGCAUUGCCGUCGCCUCGAUUAUUUGGAUGAUGCAGGAAGACCCUGGUGUGAAUCUGUUCUAGUUGAUGAUUUGGAUUGUUCCACAAUUGAAGAUUUUGAGUUAGAGGUUGAAGUCCAAAAUGUUGGAACCAUGGAUGGGGAUGAUGUCCUCAUUGUGUACUCAGUACCUCCGGCUGGGAUUGUAGGUACUCAUUCUAAGCAGGUGAUUGGGUUCCAGAGGGUGUUUGUGCCAGCAGGAGAGAGCAAGAAUUUGAAAUUCACAUUCAAUGCAUGCAAAAGCUUGUUCUUGGUGGAGAAAAAUAGUUACAAAUUGUUGCCUUCUGGUGCACAUACCAUCUUAAUAGGCAAUGAAGGAACUUCACUUCCUCUUCAAGUUGAUUUUACUGUGGCUGCUGUCGAAGAAUGAAUUAGAUGAUUAUAGUUUAGGUUAUAGGAUUAU